AUGUCAGUUGUCAGCUAUGGUUGUCAGUGUGACAAUUACAGUUAAAUAUUAAUGGUUAUAAAUAUUUAAUCAUACUAACAAGAAAAAUUACAUUUAAUAAUGACAAGGCAUGCACGAAACUGUACUGCUGGUGCUGUGUAUACCUAUCACGAAAAAAAGAAAGAUGCUAAAGCUUCUGGCUAUGGUACCCAAAGUCAAAGAAUAGGCAAAGACUCUGUAAAAGAUUUCGAUUGUUGUUCAUUAUCUUUACAACCCUGUCGAAAUCCUGUAAUAACGAAAGAUGGUUAUUUGUUUGACAAAGAAGUUAUAUUGCAGUAUAUAAUUUCAAAGAAAGUUGAAUACAAUAAGAAACUUAAAGAAUAUGAGAAAUUAAAGAAAAAAGAGGAUGAAGAAAAUGAAGAAAAAUUGUUAACAGAGACAAAUAAUAAGGUGAAGCAGUUUUUUAAUACUGAAAACAACAUUAUUAGCAAACCUAUUAAUGGAUUCAAGGAAGAAAACAGACCUGUACCAUCAGUAUCAAAUAUGGCCAAUGGCAAAGAUAAAGAGUUACCUAGUUUUUGGAUUCCAUCAAAAACACCUAAUGCUCAAAAACCAAAGCUUGAGAAACCUGAUAGCACCAUUCUUUGUCCAAUUUCUGGAAGGCCAUUAAAAGCAAAGGACUUGAUUGAUGUCAAAUUUACAAAAGUGAAAGAUCCUGAUGACACAAAAUCAUUAAUUAUUAAAGAGAAUCGGUAUAUGUGCCCUAUUACCCAUGAUGUUUUAAGUAAUUCAGUUCCAUGUGCUAUACUACGACCCACGGGUGAUGUAGUUACUUUAGAGUGUAUUGAAAAGAUUAUUAAAAAAGACUGGACUCAUCCAUUGACAGGACAAAAAUUAAAAGAGAAGGACAUUAUUGUUAUGCAGAGAGGUGGCACAGGUUAUGCUCAAACAAAUCAAAAUUUGGAGGGAAAAUAUGAGAGACCGUCAUUGCAGGCGUAAAUUUUCGUCUUGAAAAUUGUAGGAAAGGUUUGUAUUGAAUUAUUUUGCAUAUAUGUGCACCUUAUUAAAUAUUGCUUUCGUGUGAGUUGUA